AUGAGUGCUACGGGAAUUUUACCUACGUACCAAAGAUUUGUGAAUGGUGUGCCGGUGUCAUUUUCUCGGAGAUCGUGUCGUGCUCGAGAGAAAUAUGUAAUAUUUUUAGUUUUUAUCACAUUCGGUCUGAUAUGUUUUGGAACAUUCUUCUAUUUACCGGAAUUCCGAACGGGGGGUACGGCUGAAAGUGUUUUCAAAGUUUACGACCAAAUCAAAAGAGCUGGACCUGAAUUAUUGAUACCUCCUCCACCUCAUUUAGAGGAUACUAGGGAGGCCCCAAAAAUGUUGAGGCACGAGGAGGACUUCAGAGUUGAUCCUCAUGUUAUUGGAGACAGGGCCAAACUUAAGGCUAAAAUUGAACAAGACGGUGAGUUGAAAGUGUUAGAGAGACCUGAUUUGGUGGUACCAAAAACCUCAACAGUGAGACAGAAAAAUAUCGUGAAUCAAUUAGAUGAAAAUAUGGGAGCUGAGGACUUUGGGAUUGCUAACAUCAUUACUGUGCCCCCAGCUCCAAGUCAGCAUCAUCCUUUAAUCAGAGGUGGUGAAGACACGGACCCCAUUGCUAGAGAACGGAGAGAAAAAGUUAAAGAG